CGACUGUAGCACGGGCAUCGUUUCCAUUUAUUCUUCUACCAGACCAUAUAACUGAGUUGUCUUUGGAUAGUAUUAGCACAUCUGUCUUGGUACAAUUUUCCCCUUGGAUUCUACUCACGAGUACGGAGUAGCUUUGCGCAUAUUCAUAUUUCUUCUUAAUUAUCCUCCAUACAAUCUUGCAAUGGCAAGGACAAGAUCAACCAAAGCUGCUGCAGCUGAUACGAAAACUUCAGAACCUAAAUCUACUUCAUCCAAGUUCAGUCUAUCGUCUCGGGCAGAGAACCCCUCGAAAAUCUUCAUACUUCCCGCAAAAGCGACCCCCGAAGCGCGCAUUGUCACUCUUCCCAAUCCUAGACAUGGUCGACCAGCAAGAUACCUCGUGUGUCCAGAGACAGGCAUAUACGAAUUUACCAAAGUUGCGAUACCAAACACGACUCCUCGAAGUUGGCUGAUCGAGACUUCCUCAGACUCUUCUACGGAUAGCUUCAGGAAGACUGGAGUGUCCAUGGGCCAGGAUCUCUUUCUAGCGACUUCAAUCGACCCCCUAUUUCUGGUUCUCCCAGCGUUGACGGAAACCCAGUCCAAGAGCUCGGGAGGAAAGCGGCUGUUCCUUUCCAGUGACGACUACUUCGACAAGCUACCCCAGGGGUCAUCACAUCUAUCUGAAAUCGUGCGAUGCGACAAGACACGGAAGCUCAUCGAGAACCGAAUGGCCGAGGUUUGCGAUACUGUUGAAGCAGGAGAUGAGAACAUGUUCCGAAUAAAUGAGAGCAAACUCGUCAAGGUCGUCCUAGAGAAGGCAAAGAGAAUGCGCGAGGGCGGCCUAGCUCCAAGCAUGGAGGAGAAGUUCGUGAAGAAGGCUCUGGAAGCACCUAUACUCGUACAGAAGCGAGAAACAACAGAGAUUACAACAGGGACAGAAUCGCAGACAUCUAAUCCCGAUUCCGCCGAUUCCCAAUCGACUACUACAACGACAGAGACAGAAGUAUCUGAAACCUCUACCGCAGCAACCUCUUUUACAGCAGAGACAACCACCGAAAAUAUUGUCAGUGCUAUUAAGGCAUCUCCUGAGAUAAUAAAUCUUCAGAGAUUACGGAUUGCUUUUAAUUUUAUCUGCUCAGGCUACAUUGCCACAUCUCUCACAGCUCAGCUGGAGGACACACUGAAAAGGGAGACUCUUGUGGACUUCGCGCCUCUGGACGAGUAUCUGGCUAAGCUUAGCAAAUUGCGCGCCGAAGCCAUGGCUGCUCACUCUAUCGACUACUCUCGCAAGCGUGGUCUGGAUGAGGAUGAGGAUGAGGCUUUUGUCAAGAAAAGAAAGAUGGAGGAGGAAAAGAAAAAGAAAUCGCUUGAGAGCAGGGGAGUUCGGGAUCUCAAGAAAGUCAACACCAAGGGCAUGAAAAAGAUGAGUGACUUUUUCAAGAAAAAGUAAUAAUAAUAAUCUCUAUUGGGUAUAUGUCAUUAAUACGUGAG